UUUAUUGGUUAGACGACAAGCAGCAAAAAAACUGAGGAUAUUUUGUGCUGAUCAUUAAUCCAAUGACGGAAAUACGGGUACAAGAAUCAAUACAUAAGGGUUAAAAAAAACUCUGAAACAGAUGAAAAUUUCCAUUGAUCGCUGGUAAUAAAUUGAUAUAUAUUCUAAAAAGUGAAAUACGCAUUCUGUUUUUUGAAAAUGCAUUCUUUCCAAAGCUAAAAAGUAAUUCUGAGUAAAACAAAUGUGGGCAUGAUUAUGGUUCAUUUUCGUUUGCAAGGGAAGAAAAGAUCAAGCAGGUUUCUACUUGAAGUUUAGUCUGGAUGUUGAAAUAACAAAUAAUAUAACACAUUGAUUGCAAACUAUACUUGUAAAAGGUAUUCAAAUUAACGUCUGUGUAAAACACCACCGAAAGGGAUAAAAUGGAAACGAAAAGAGUAAAAGACUUACUAGAGCAGCUACAAAACCAGUGUUUACAUAAAGGUGUUGGUGGAAUUAAAGGGCUUGCCGUUGCUUUUCGCAAAAUGGACAAAGACUUCUCAGCGCAUCUCUGUUACAAUGAGUUUUGUGAAGGAAUUCAUAGCUUUGGUCUUCAAGUAGAAGAAAAGGAUCUUCAGUUGUUGUUUGAAGCCUUUGAUAUGAAUAAAAACAAUCAAAUAGAUUUUAUGGAACUGGUAUCUAAGCUCAAGCCAGCCAUGUCAGGAAAACGAAUCGAAGUAGUAAAUCAAGCGUUUGAUGCACUGGAUGCAAUUAAAGAUGGCGUCCUUAAACUGGAGGAUUUAAAAGUUGUCUAUUCAAAAAACGCAAAGCAACAUCCGAGAUUCAUUUCGGGUGAAUGGACGGAAGAACAGGUGCUACGAUAUUUCUUGGACAGUAUCGAUACACCUGGUAAUCCGGAUGGGAAGGUAACACGUGAAGAAUUCAUGGACUACUACGCAGGGGUCAGUGCAACAGUAGACGAUGACAGUUAUUUCGAUCUGAUGAUGAGGGCGUGUUAUGGUCUUCCAAACAGGGGAAAAUAGAACACAGCACUAAUUAAAAGCUGACAGACUACGAGUCUUAUGUUGUCCUGAUAAAUUCAAAACAUUCCAAAAAGAAUUUUAUGAUAGCCAUAUCUACACAAAACUUGUUUCAAACUUUAAAAUGAUAUUAUAUGUAAUAUUUAAGCGGUAUGUCUGGUUCAUGUAUGAGUAUUUUAUACAUCUUGAAGAUCUUAUAUUUUUUCUUACCUACAAUGUACACCG